AUGAUCCGUGUUGAGUGUUCACACUGCAAAGCUCUGCAUUUCGUCCAAGAACGCAUCGGGAGCAGCUCUGCCGCAAGGCCCAUUUUUUCCACAUGCUGUGGGAAGGGGAAGCUGUCAUUGCCGCUUCUCCCCGACCCGCCAGCUCUUCUGCGCUCUCUUCUCAUCGAUGAUACUCCAAGGGCCCGCAGCUUCCGUAAGAACAUUCGAGCAUACAAUGUAGCGCUAUCGAUGGCAUCCGUGGUCGCCAAAUGGGUGAACAGAGGUCCCGGUCCUUCUAAUUUUAACCCCACAAUGACGAUGCAGGGCGGGAUGUACCAUUACAUGGGUCCCAUGAUGCCAUCCGAAGGGCGGGCGCCUUCCUAUGCUUCCGUUUACAUUCAUGACACUGACUACGCCACCCAGACGCGCACAAGGCUUGGAACCUCUAGACAACUGGAAGAGGCACUGAUGACGCAACUGACACACAUGCUGCACGAAUGCAACCCCUACGUGCAGACGUUUCUGUGUAUGCGAGAAUGGGCUCAAUCUCCUCACAACAACUGUCCUGCCACGUACCAGAUGGUCAUCCAUGCCGACCGCAGGCCAAGUCAUGAGCACGUGCGCCGGUACAAUGGUCCCGAAGCUUCUGAAGUCGCCGCAUUGAUCCCUGGAAAUGAAGACGGAGAGAUUGGGCGAAGAGAUAUCGUCGUGCGCAGGAGAGGGACUCUGAACAGUAACGGGAACGAAGUGCUGGAUCCGAUUUCAGUCAGUCAUCGCGCAUACGAUCCAUUGAGUUACGUGCUUUUGUUCCCGAACGGUAGAGAUGGAUGGUAUCCAGAGCUUCGAUUCUCCAGUGUUCAAGACGGCAGACGUACCAAGAUUACUCCGAUGAUGUACUACGGAUGGCAUUUGUUCGAAAGAUCAGGCGAGUUCAGCACAAUCUUGCACGCAGCACGACUCUUUCAGCAAUACUUGGUUGACCAGUUCUGCAAAGUGGAGGCAGAAAGGCUUUCUUAUCUCCGCCACAACCAGACACAACUUCGAGCCGCCGACUACACCUCACUGCGCGACAGCCUAGGAGACUCCCGUCGUGCUGAAGAUGAAGCCGAUGCCGUGCGUGCGGGACGACUGUUCAUUCUCCCUUCCACGUACAUUGGAGGUGACCGCUAUAUGAGGCAGCAGAUGCACGACAUCAUUGCUAUAUCGAACCAAAUUGGCCACCCGGACAUCUUCCUCACCAUGACAUGCAAUCCAAGCUGGCCGGAGAUCACAAGAGCCCUACUGCCGAACCAAACGCCUCAGGACAGACCGGAUCUGUGCGCACGUGUGUUUCGUCUGAAAAUGAAAGAUCUCAUGUCCUUGGUCAUCAACGAAGAAGUAUUCCGAACCGUUGUUGCCCAUGUACGAGUCAUCGAGUUUCAGAAACGCGGUCUUCCCCACGCUCACGUUGUAUUUUUCCUAGAUGAAGUCUCCAAGAAUGAUCUGCGUACUCCCGAAAACGUCGACCGCAUUAUCUCUGCCGAGAUCCCGUCUGCCCAAGAUCCAGAACUCCAAGAGGUCGUGCUCAAGCAUAUGAUUCACAAUCCAUGUGGAGAACACAAUCCAACAGCCGUGUGCAUGGGCGAGCGGGCACCCUCUGCAGGUGGCGUCUCCAUCGAGCGACCCUCCCGUAUUGGCCGACGACAGCAACCCGUCGUGGUAGACAACUCCUGGGUCAUUCCCCACAGUCCUGUGCUUCUACGUUCAUUCGCUUGCCAUUUGAAUGUUGAACUCUGCGUGUCACGCGUUGGCGGAAUCAAGUACCUCUUCAAGUAUGUGUGCAAGGGACAAGACCGAGUGACCAUGGAAAUCACUGCCGAGAACGAGCGCUACGACGAGAUCUCCAACUUCCAAGAUGCCAGAUACGUUUCGGCAUCGGAGGCCGCAUGGAGGUUAUUCUCCUUUGACAUUGUAGAUCGCAAUCCUCCAGUAGUCAGGCUUGCAGUGCAUCUGCCCAACCACCACACGGUUUACUUUGAGGAAGGGCGAGAGCAGGAGGCGGCGCUUCGACCAGCAACAGGCACGAAGCUGACCGAGUGGUUUAAAGCCAACGAGAAGUACCCAAGCGCGCGGCAUAUUCGGUACCACAAGUUUCCAAGGUACUUUACAUGGAAGACACGCACCAAGUCAUGGAUGCCAGGGGCAACAUCCUUCGAGAACUUGCGAAAUAUCGACGGCGAGCAGUGCACCAGCUUCCGACAAGCUUGCUUACGACUCGGUUUGCUGGCCGACGAUGCCGAGUGGAAGCACGCAAUCCGAGAUUCAUUCCGGUCAAGCUUCGUUCCUCUUUCUCAUCUGUUUGCUACGAUUCUGGCACACUGCCAGCCUUCGGACCCUCUCUCGCUGUGGAACGACCACCUGGACAUGUUUCUCACCGAUAUUCGCAAUCGUGCACGCAGACAACCCAUUCGAAGACAGCAGCUUCGCGAUGAUCACCACGCCACAUCUUACGUACUUCGAGAGGUACAGGAGGCUCUGCAGACCGUGCGAUCCGACUGGACGCUCGCAAACUUCGGACUCCCACUGCCCGAUGACAGCCUGCCCGCUUUGGAACAGCAAAACGAGAUCGAGACCCCCGAAGCUAGAGCGCAGCAGUGGGAAGGGCGACUACAGACGUCGUUGCCGCUGUUGAACACAAAUCAACGCCAUGCCUUUGACGAAAUAGUGGGCUCCAUGCUUCCAGGCUGGUCGUCUCUUCUUCCUCGAUGCUCCUGGCGGAACAGGCAAACAUUCGUGCUCAGAGCCAUUCAAAACUUCCUUCGUACGCGCCGUAAGCAGGUCAUCGCUGUCGCUACGUCUGCUGUUGCUGCUGUGCUGCUCGACGGUGGACGCACAUCUCAUUCCGUGUUCAAGAUUCCCAUUCCUGUAUCUGCCGAAAGCACGUGCAGCUUCUCCGCAAACUCCGACACAGGCCGUACACUGCAACAAGUCGAUCUCAUCAUAUGGGACGAGAUCGUCAUGUGCCAUCGACAUUGCAUUGAGACUGUCGAUCGCUCCCUUCGAGACUUGAUGCAAACCGACCGGCCCUUCGGAGGAAAGUUCCUCGUGCUCGCUGGAGACUUUAGACGAAUCCUUCCCGUCGUUACGGGCGGGUCCCGAGGUCAAAUCGUGAGCGCGUGCGUCAAGGCUUCCCCGCUGUAUCGAGAGUGCCGAUUCCUGCGCCUUACCGAGAACAUGCGCCUUGCUGCUCUCCGAGCGGACCCUGCAGCAGAUGUGGAGGCUCUCAACUUUCCAGAAUUCCUCCUCAGCGUCGGGGAAGGCAGACUUCAAGGCGAACAGCGCCCGGAAUGGAUCUCACUACCACAGUCCGUUGCGUUCGAGCACACCAUCCGCAAUUUAUGCCUCAAGGUCUUCCAAGGGAUUCGAGACAAUCACGCCGACCCUGCCUGGCUCACCAAGCGCAACGAAGACACCAACGCGCUAAUCUAUCCCACAGAAAUGCUCAACACCUUGACCGCCGGAUCUGCUCUACCAGACCACAAGCUCAAGCUCAAGAAAGGCUUCAACGUCAUGCUUCUGCGCAAUCUCGAUCCCGCUACCGGUCACGUCAACGGCGCGCGAUAUGUCAUCGAGAACAUGACCAACAACCUGCUCUUUCUACGCGUUACCACCAGGUCACACCAAGGCAACAGACUGUGUCUUCCUCGAAUGCCCUGCGGACCAGGAGACGACAAAUUUCCCAUCCCUGGCUUCACCCGAACGCAGUUCCCCAUUCGCACGUGCUUCGCCCUUACAACGAACGAAGCGCAAGGCCAAUCCUUCGGUGACCGCAUUGGUCUCGACUUACGAGAUCACUGCUUCUCGCACGGUCAACUCUACGUCGCACUAUCAAGGACUACUCACCCAGGGAACGUCACUGUCCUCACUCGAGAGUCCAAUGAAACAACGCGAAACAUAGUGUACCCCGAGGUCCUUCAGUAG